AUGGCUGCGCGGAGUGAUUUUGGUAAUAAUCCUGAAAUGGAUGGGGAUUUCCACGCCGACGAGAAAGUCCUCCCCAAGCAUGGCGCUGAUACUCAACUGGAGAAUACCGCGGUUGUCGAUCCAGUCCUUGAGAAGGCUCUGGUGCGCAAGCAAGAUCGCCGUAUCAUUCCUUUGGCGGCGGGCAUCUAUUUGCUCUGCUACCUAGAUCGCUCCAACAUCGGCAACGCCAAAGUCCUCAACCAUACAACAGGCCAUGAUCUCCUCACCGAGACCAACAUGACCAACUACGAUUUCACCAUCGCUCUCAUGGUCUUCCUUAUCGCCUAUGCGCUUUUCGAGGUUCCGUCUAAUUACUUCCUCAAGAAGAUGAAGCCGAGCAGAUGGAUUGCUUUCCUCAUGUUCUCAUGGGGCACAAUCACUAUCUGUCUUGGCGCUGCGCACAGUUACGCCGUUGUGACAGUUCUGCGGUUUCUCCUUGGAGUUUUCGAAGCUGGCUUGUUUCCUGGUCUUGUUUACUACCUCACCUUCUGGUACAAACCCGAAGAACGUUCAGUCCGUGUGGCGACUAUCCUUGCCUCGGCUACCUUGGCUGGAGCUUUCGGGGGUGCUAUAGCCUACGGCGUUGGACACAUGAACCAGGUGCAUGGACUUUCCGGCUGGCGAUGGCUGUUCAUUCUCGAGGGUAUCCCUUCUGUUCUUUCGUCGAUUCUAGUCUGGUUCGGACUUCCGGACUUUCCAGAAUCUGCUAGCUGGCUCUCCGCCGAAGAAAAGGACGUCGCGGCUUACCGACUGGCCGAGCAAGGUUCGCAUGGUAACAGCAAGGCCAUGACCUGGGAGGACAUCAAGGCGACAUUGUUCGAAUGGAGGCUAUGGUGCCAUUACCUGAUCUACUUUGGCAUCUCGGCACCCUUUUCGAGUUUAUCUCUCUUCACACCUUCAAUCACCGCUGGCUUGGGAUUUGCGGAUCUCAGAGCUCAGCUGAUGACUGUGCCGCCCUACGCAGCUGCGUACGUCGUCACAUUGCUUGUUUCGUGGUCAGCGGACAGAUACAAUGCUCGUGCUCUUCAUUCUGCAGCGUUUUCCUUGAUCGGUGCCAUCGGGUUCAUUGCCUCUGCAACUCUUCCCGCCGAUUCAUAUAGUCCUCGCUACGGAUGCCUCAUCAUUGCAUGCUGUGGUUCAUUCGCCUGUAUUCCUCCCCUUCUGGGCUGGCUAUCAUCCAACCUGCACUCCACUGCUGCCAUUGGUCUGGCCAUUGCACUCAACAUUUCCAUGGGAGCUCCUGGCCAGAUUGUUGGUGUCUGGAUCUACAAGGCCGAAGAAGCUGCCAAGGGCUAUCCAACCGGCCACUGGACCAAUGCUGGUUUGCUGUUGUUCGUCAGUGUUGGCUGCAUCGGCAUGCACGGCUACUACGUCUGGAGGAACCGACGUGCUGCUGGUACUGACCAGCCUCGUUUCAAGUACUAG